CGUAGGUUGUGCUUCACAAAACUGAAGCUCCUGUUGUUGGCCAUCGAGAUAAAGGGCGAAGGAGGCUCCGAUAGUAAAAUCUCGAUUAACCCACGUGGUGCCAAGAUCGCUGCAAAUACUCAGGGAUUCUUCAUUGCUCAAUCUGCUGACGAAGUAAAGCGGGCGUGGUUCUACUGCAAAGCAUGCCAUGAGGAUAUUAAAGACGAGACUCUGAUCAAGAAGUGCAAGUGCAAAAAUUUGGGGCAGCAGCAACGUUCCUGGGGCCGGGACUUAGUGGCCACAUUCCGGAAAGGCGUGCGAGCUGUUCAGAUGGUUGGAAGAGCAAGUGAAGACUUCUCGUACGCAAACGACCACCAUCCUCCCCCCACAUUCACUCCGCCAGAACUGCCCAAGAUGGUUCACGUAAGAGGUGAGAUCAGCCGUGAACGAGACGAUCCGAAUGUUAUGAGAAAUCAUCGGAACUCCGUCGGGAUGACCAUGAUGAAUUCGACGAAGCAGGUCAAUAAAGUAAAGCCAAACGUGAAUCGAGCGACGAAUGACAGUCUGUCCAGCCCGAAUCAGCCAUAUAAUCAGAGAUCGCAAGAGGAGUCCGCAUACGCUGGCUACCAUCUCGCCUACGAAGUCAAAAAGCUCAUGCCAACGAGCAGAGCCUCGGGUGGCACGAACGUUAACAACAAUGGCGGUCUUCAGGUCGGGAUCGCUGAUGAUCAAGCGAAAGAUUUCGAUUUCGAGAAGACCGAGAUGAAGUACGACUCGACGGGGAUGUUCCAUUGGAGUCCUUCCCGUAAUCUCGAAGACUGCAUACUGGAUCGUAACCAGGCGGCGAUGACAGUUCUUAACGGACAUGUCGUCGUCUGCCUGUUCGCCGAUCCCGACUCGCCUCUCAUCGGACUGAGGAAUCUUGUCAUGCCAUUACGAGCUUCCAAUUUUCAUUACCACGAGCUUAAACAUGUAGUGAUAGUUGGAUCGGUGGACUACAUACGUCGCGAGUGGAAAAUGCUGCAGAAUCUACCGAAAAUAUCGGUUCUAAAUGGUUCACCAUUAAGUAGAGCCGAUUUGCGUGCCGUUAACGUAAAUCUGUGCGACAUGUGUUGCAUCCUGUCGGCAAAAGUGCCUAGCAAUGAUGACCCCACCCUCGCCGACAAGGAAGCCAUCCUCGCAUCCCUCAAUAUCAAAGCCAUGACUUUCGACGAUACAAUCGGCGUGCUUAGCCAAGUUGGCAGCCCUAUCGUCUUGCAGCGACGAGGAUCCGUUUAUGGAGCGAAUGUGCCAAUGAUCACAGAACUCGUGAAUGACAGCAACGUACAGUUUCUUGACCAGGACGACGACGAUGACCCAGACACGGAACUCUACCUCACUCAACCUUUUGCCUGCGGCACUGCCUUUGCAGUCAGCGUAUUAGAUUCCCUCAUGUCGACGACAUACUUCAACCAAAAUGCGCUGACUCUGAUUCGGUCAUUAAUUACCGGUGGAGCUACGCCUGAGUUGGAAUUGAUCCUGGCUGAAGGGGCAGGCUUAAGAGGAGGUUACAGUACGGCAGAUAGCCUGGCUAAUAGGGAUCGGUGUCGUGUUGGUCAGAUCGCGUUGUACGACGGGCCAUUGGCUCAAUAUGGCGAGGGAGGCAAGUACGGUGACCUCUUUGUCGCAGCAUUAAAGUCGUACGGAAUGCUGUGCAUUGGUCUGUACAGGUACAGGUUUCGAGACACUAGCUCGUCGUGCGACGCCUCUUCCAAACGAUACGUGAUCACAAAUCCACCAGACGACUUCACACUAUUACCCACAGAUCAGGUUUUCGUGCUAAUGCAGUUCGACCCGGGUCUUGAAUACAGGCCGAGCAGAGGUGCUCGAGGCAAAGACGAUUCCUCCUGAUUGUUGCUGUGUAGCGCCCUCACCGACGGACCAUAUUCUUACAUCUAAUCAUGCGUUAGAAAUCAUCGUGCCGCCCGUCGUCCCUACAACUGUCCUGUGUUCGUCGAUAAACGCCGCUGUUCCAUAAUAUCGCGCAUCAUCAACGAGUUAUCGCGAGUUAUUCCGCUUUAAUAUACUUAUUAAAGCGGAUCGCAGCCACGUCCAUUUCCUCGACUGAACGACUACAUACAGCGACAGUGCAACAAACGUAACACUUAUUCGCCGAUUCGAUCACUUCUCGAAAAUUAUCUUGUUCGCCCUGCAUGAAGAUUGCUUUCAUCAAAAUCACCGAAUAUCUCAAGAUGGAUGCGCGAUCGCCGGAAUGAGAAUUCGGGGGAAAAAGAGCCUAACAAAUAUUAAAGAGAAGCGAAAAAAAAACGAGGAGAAGGCUGAAAAGGAUUUAUAAGAGGAGGACAAUGGGAGGGGACAACGGUAAUUGGCAUGAUGCUGUGCGGUCCGAGGGUAGCUACACAUCUCUCUUUCUUCAUUCGAGCAAACAGCAAUCAUCUUCGCUCGAAGACAAUGCUAUAAGGACUGAACUAGAGACAUUUCGCAAAGCGUAACUCUGUGUUAUUGAAACCCCUGCCGAUUCUUUGCGACUGAAAAGAAGGAAAAUGGACGGAGGAGGGACAUUAAUUUUAAAAUCUUAGCACGUGGCAUAGCCUCGACGAACUGUGGAAUUGCAGUAACCCUGCGCGGUGAAACGGAAGAAUAAUCACAGUAAUCUACAUUUUUUUUUCCGGCACGUGUUAAUGUAUAUAAUACGUAACCCAGAGAACACCGUCGUUCAACAACGUGCUGUGAGAGGGCGACGAGAUGACGGGAGGAGAUGGAGGAGGCAGAGAGAAAUUCAGAAGUGCAGCGAACUGAGCUCGUUCGUCGAUGUCUCUCGUUCCUCAUUGAGGGAAUCCCCUCGUCCCGAUCUCGCGUCGGACUCUUAUGGACGGUGCCGGACUACUACGCGCAACCCUUACCUCGUGUGUCUUGUUUUACGAUUAAUGAAACCAAA